AUGAAUGAUUUUGGUUCCUUUGUGGAGGAUUUUCUGGAUGACUCGGAAGAUUUCUGCGAUAAUAUCCUUGGGCUUAUGCGAAAGCUUCAAAUCACCCACCCUACGGUUUUGAGUCACCCACACACUGCACGGUAUCUCUAUGGAGCUGCAGCCAACGCUAUGCUGGAAAGGAGCUCUGACGUCAAUGUCAAUGACAAAUGGAAUCUUGUUCAGACGCUGCUUCGGUCGGCCAUCUUUCUCGAGAAGGGACACUCCAUCCUUGGGCUGCCACCUGAGGAGCGAGAGCAGGUACGAGAUAGAAUGAGCCAUGUGCGUUGGCACUUUGUCAAACACUGUGAAAGCAUUCGUGAUAUGGUCAUCUACACAGAUAAGAAGAUUCCAUGCAAAUGUUUGGCAUGCAUCAAAAGACAAGUCCCGGAAGAGCCUGAAAUGCGCACAUGUGCUACCUGCUGUGUGGAGAUUGCCAACACAAUGUGGUGCCCAAAGUGUCUCAUGUGCGAAUAUUGCAGUGAAGAAUGCCAGCUUGCUGACUGGCCACGGCAUCAAAUUCAGUGCAAGGUAUUCCGUGGAAGGAUCAAUAUGGAAGAGGCAAACCAGCGCUGGUUUCAACGCCAAGCAUCCAUGGGUAUCAUUGAUUGA